UGCUCAGUCCUCUGCGCUGUCGUCCGAGAAUGGCCGCUGCUGCAGCAGGAAUAAACAAGCAGGGCGCCGUAGCGACGAUGGAGCCCUGCAUCCGACACGGGAGGGGAGCUCAUGGAAACACCGUAAAGGUGCUGGAGUGUGGUGUGUGUGAGGACGUCUUCUCCCUGCAGGGGGACAAAGUCCCUCGUCUUCUGCUGUGUGGUCACACAGUGUGCCACGAUUGUCUAACUCGGCUGCCCCUCCACGGCAGAGCGGUGCGCUGCCCCUUCGACAGACAGGUCACUGAGCUGG